AUGAUGUCUAAAUAUGACAGAUUGGCCGAUCUUUGGAAAGUAUUAAAGCCUCUUUUUGAUAAAAUGCUUAAUAUGGAUGGUUUAUCCAAGACGGAGCAUGCAUCAAUAUGUAACUACGUGUAUGGUUACUGUAUCAGCGUCGAUACGUGUGGCGUCGGUGAAAACAGCAAAGUCAUCGGAUACGAAUUGUACAAAAAACUCAGAUGCUUCUUCAAGCAGCAUGUUCAGUCACUUAAACUGAAAGCUGAGCGUAUGACUGGUUCAGAUUUGCUUAAUUUUUUUGAGAAACGAUGGACGAACUACUCUCUUGCCGCCAAGUACAUAGAUCACCGUUGUAAUUAUCUUAAUCGCAACUGGGUGAAGACUAAAGUCGAUGAAGGCCAAAAGGAUGUCGUGAUUGUAUAUUCUCUUGCUUUGAUGCUUUGGAAAGAUGAGCUUUUCAAACCUUGUAGCAGAGCUCUCAUGUCUGCUGUUCUUAGUGAGAUUGAACGUGAGCGAAGGGGCGAUAACAUAGCUGCUACCAGACUGUGUACUAUCAUUAGCAGUCUCGUUGACCUUUGCAUUACCUCUGAGCAACAUCCUCAUUAUUCGCCUCCUCCAUUCAUCGCUGAACUUCAGAUGCAAAGCGGCGUGCCUCCGCCUACACCUUACCUAUCCGGUGAUCCACACACACCUUUGGACUGGAGGCAAGGUCUUCCAAUUUAUCGAGACCAUUUUGAACAACCAUUUCUCCACGAAACAAUGCAUUUUUAUGAGGUUGAGAGUAAUCAAUUUUUAAAAUCCAGUUCGGUUACAGACUAUUUGAAAUGGGUCGAAGCACGUUUAGAGGAGGAACGAACAAGGGCUCGAACCUAUCUCCAUUCAAGCACGUUAAAUGAAUUGAUAAAGACGGUUGAAGAUAGCCUUAUCGGUAAUCACAUUGAAACGCUUGCAGCUGAGUUUCAAGGCCUCCUGAAAGAUAAUAGAAUCGAUGAUUUAGCGAGGAUGUACAAAGCUUUGAUUCGCUUCGAAGAGGGAGAAGCCCGUCUAGUUCAGACGAUGGAGUUAUAUGUCGACGAGGUUGGCACCGCAGCAUUGAAAGAUGUCUGUCAAAUUGCCAAAUCAAACCCCAAAGUUUUCGUUGAUACCAUAAUAAGGGUCCAACGUAAGAACCAAGAGCUUCUGGAACUGGCUUUUUCCGGCAACCCCUCCUUUGGACGGGCAAUUGACAAGGGCUGUGAGCGUUACAUAAAUCGAAAUGCCAUUACAGAACUCGCUGGGAGUUCUCGCAAAACGCCGGAGCUUCUGGCAAAGUACAGUGAUUUCCUACUUAAAAAGAGCACGAAAGAAGCUCAACCUGAUGAUUUGGAGAAGACACUGAACUAUGUGAUGGAUGUCUUCAAGUAUGUAGAGGAUAAGGAUGUGUUCCAGAAAUUCUACUCCAACAUGCUGGCUCGUCGUCUUGUGAACAAUCAAUCAAUUUCAGAGGACGCGGAGGCCCAAAUGAUCUCUCUCCUUAAAAAUGCUUGCGGCGUUGAGUAUACGUCCAAGCUACAACGAAUGUUCCAGGAUGUGAGCUCGAGCCGAGAACUCAAUGCACGUUUCAUAGAAUGGAUCGGUGAACGAACACCUCUUCUGUGUGGUGUUGACUUCAACAUCAUGGUGCUUAGCUCAAACGCCUGGCCAUUCCAACCACUUGGCACAAUUAAUGUUCCCGCAGAGUUGGAGAGUUGCUUCAAAGUUUUCACGGAGUUCUAUCAGACUCGUCACGACGGACGCAAGUUGACCUGGUGUUAUCAGCUCUGUCGUGGUGAGGUUGUGGCUCACUACACCAAAAUGCGAUACACAUUUCAAGUGUCCACUUAUCAGAUGGCAAUUCUUAUGCUCUUCAAUACCUCCCUCUCCUACACCGUGAGCCAGAUACAAUCACAGACGAACAUUGACCCUAGUAUACUGAAUCAGAUCCUCCAAAUCUUCCUCAAGGGGCGUAUUUUGAAGAUUACUUCAAAUGAUGAGGAGGAGGAACAGAGACAUCAGAUGGAUGACGACGGCAUCGUCACCUCCACGCCUCCCCUCAGCCCCGAUUCUCAGCUCACUCUCUUUAUGGAUUACAACAAUAAACGUGUUCGUGUGAACCUCAAUCUGCCAAUGAAGAGUGAAACUAAGCAGGAGGCAGAGACGACCCUUCACAAUGUUGAAUGUGAUCGCAAACUCGGUAUUCAGGCCUGUGUUGUUCGGAUAAUGAAGAUGCGAAAGAGGAUGGAGCAUCAGCAAUUGGUGAAAGAAGUUAUUGAACAAAUGUCUUCCCGCUUUUGUCCUGUUAUUCAGCAAAUCAAACUGUGCAUUAAUUCCCUGAUCGAGCGUGAUUUCAUCAGGCGAGAUCCGAGCAAUCUCUCCGCCUAUGAAUAUGUAGCCUAG